AUGACUUUAGAAUCUGUCAACCAGGAAGUUGAGAAAGUUCCAGAAGUUUUAUUGCCAAACACAAAUAUUGUUACUCAUUGUAUUUUGAAGAAUGAUGUUGAUCGUCUGACGAAAUGUUUCGAAGAUGAGGAAGAUGAAUUUAAAGAUAAGGUGGAAUCACUUUUAAAUAUCAGGAAUGAAGAAGGGAAAUCACCUCUAGAUCUAGCAGCAAUGUUAGGGAGAAAUGAUAUUACCAGGGAAUUACUUCAACGUGGUGCUGAUUUAUCCCAAAUUUCUUGGAAAGGAUUUUCACCUCUUCACUAUGCAGCAGCCUGGGGUAAAAUAGGUAUUUUAAAGGUGCUAGUUGAACACCAAGUUAAUUUACAACAGAAAAACGCUCAUAAUGAAAGAGCCAGAGAAACAGCUUUAAGAUAUAGUCAAAGUGAAUGUGUUGAUUAUUUAGAUUGGGCAGAAGCUAAAGUGAAUUUGAUAGCAGCUAUUAAACAUAUACAGGAAUGGAUAACAGAUCCAGAGAGAGUACAAGGUCGGCUUAAUAAAGAGGAAAAGAACAUCUCAAAUGGAGCUGUGAAAGAAAAAACAGAAUGGGUAGAAGCAACAGUUGAUGCUACAACUCAGGAUUUUAUACAACAGAAAGCUAAUAUUGAAGAACUACUAGCACCAAUUAUGCAGAAACUUUCAGAACCAUGUAAGUGUAGUCAAGAAAAAAUAUUUGUGCUGAGUCAAAACAUAAGUACAAGCAGUCUGUUCGAUUUUUAUUAA